AUGCAGAGCAUAUUCGGCGCGGCGCUGAGUCUGCUGGCGCUGAAUGUGGCCGUUGUGAGCGGGCAGAAGUGCGCUGAUGGUGUGGACGCGUUUGUGGGUGAGUAAUUUUAGAAUGGGGUGCUACGACUUUUCGGUUCAACGACAAAUACUUUGAGUUGUCUUGAUUCUCAGUUUUAUGCAUUGGGAGGCUAAGCUAAAGCAAGUAAUAUGAUUGCUGGGUCCUAGGAUAGUUACCACCUAUUGUUGGGUAUUUUACGUCUGUCAGGCGGAACUACCAAACUUCGAGCCCGAAUUCCCACGGAAAUCAUCAUUUAUCAUUCAAAUUUGAUUGUACUUUCAUACGUGGAAUUUCCCUAUAUAAGGGCCGUUUUUCACUCAAUAAAUCACUUGAACUCGAGCUCUUGUCUUACGUGUGGUUGUCCCCGGGCCUCUCGACACAUACCAGUCUGUCGGGAAAAUAACGGCGGCUCAUUGCGCGUUGAAAUCGUCCGUCAUCGCUUAGCGACGGCGAGCCGCGGGUGGGGAUUCCGUGCGCGACAAUUAACCUUAACACCCUUAAUCACCAGAAAUUUUCCUGCGGCGAGCCGCCGCCCUUUUCCCGACGGACUGAUAUUACCGCAAUAACAUGAGCGAUUACUUACAAAGUUUCGUUUUGAUAGAGGAGCAAGUUUUGUUCUUUUCUAUGUUACAAUUUUUCCGUUCGCAAAGUCGCUGAAGCGAGUUCUGUAACAUAAAGCAUUGUCUAAGGAAAGUCAGGGUGCGAGCAACACCGAAAAAAUCCUAUUGCACCGUGCAAAAAGCCGGUAAUUGCAGAGUAAAAAGUAACGUUCUGUUUUCGCACAGUGAAUGUCGCAGAAGUCACCAAGGCGAAAGCUAUGUGCAACAAAGAUGCCCUCCCCCUAAUCAAAACACUAUUUUCAGAAUGCGAGGGUGUUUGCAAGUCCGACCCUUCUCUCAACUGCGAGAUAAUCAAUGGGAAAGGAUACUGUUGUAAGUCCAACUUUGUUCUAUGUUAUGAGUCUGUCGGAAAAAUAAUGAGCACAAUGUUGCCGCGCCGAUGGCGUCGCUGAAGUGGAAAGCAAUUUGAUCUUUUCGCGACACAAUUCAUUUUCUCUCGAUGGCGAUGUGAUUUUCGAUGCCACGGAGGGCUCAUUAUUUUCCCGACAUACCUAUAUGAGUGAUCCAGACAUGCCAACCGCCCGGGCUUUUUGCACUCCGGGGCCUGAAGCCCGGCUCAAUCAGAGGUAGACAUGGCCCGUCUUCAAAAUUUCAAAAACCUGGCCCAGCCCUAAGAAACCUAAAAUUUCGGAACCGCUUGCCGUGUCUGGGGUCACCAUUUUCUAACAGUUUUUUAACGUUUCGCAGUCCAACUUUUCUCCUAAUUUGCAGGCGGCUAUGGAACAACAACUGCUGCUCCACAACAACCCACACAACCUGGUGGUGGCGGUGGUGGUGGUAGUGGUGGCGGAGGCUCGUGCAAAGACGUUGUGCCCGACGAAUGUAAACGAAAGUCGUUCUUGUGCAGCCCGCAGAAUUAUGUAAGUGGGUAGUAUGAUGGGAAAUUUUACGCGAUGUUUUAAAAAGUACAGUGCAACAUUUUUGUAAAGCUCGCAUGAUGCGGAAACAAGGCAAAAAUGCACAGAGCGGCGCGACAAAAAAAGCCACGCACUUUUGAACAGGUAGAAAGCAUUGACGUCAAACUGAGAGAAAAUGGCGGCCCUGUCCGAGACUGUCCCUUCUAUCUGACUAUCAGCCUGUGGGAAAAAUAAUGAGCACAAUGUCUCUUCGCCAAGCGCGUCGAUGAAGUGAAAAGCAAUUUGCUUUUGCCGUACCACAAUUCAUUUUCUUGGCGUUGAUGGAAUUGCAAAAGAUUGUUUGCUCUGACACGCGUAUUUAUUUCAGCAAUAUGUCCGUCUGAUGAAGAAGUACUGCAGUCUGACGUGCUCGUACUGUCAGCCCCAACAACAACAAAGACAGCCGGCGCAAAAUAACGCACCGAAGCCACAGCCCAAGCCGCCGGCGCAACAGCAGCAGGCGAAGCCGGCUGUGUCCGGCUGCUCGGACAAGAAUACCAAAUGCGCACAGCAGUCGAGUCUGUGCAAUCAACCGGUAGGUGUCAGGAGCUGUGUCAUGGCACGUGUAAUGAGGGUCCCGCAGUAG